AUGUCCCAGAAUAUUCAAGACAUGCAGAUGCCACUAGGCUAUCAGCGAAGCCGAAGCCGGCUCGGGGAGCUUCUAGUGGCCGAUUCGGUCGUUGCUGCGGGUUCAGCAGCCCUUAUAACGCCAGCAGUGAUGAUCUUUGACAGACUCGUCGUUGAAAAGUCCUUUUACAACCAACCUCUUUUUCCAGCAUUCCGCCGACAUCUAUGGAUCUCCCUUACACAGCCCGCUACAUUUUUAACAUCUCGCCCGGCUCUUCUUGUCUGGGUUUCCUAUACAGCAACAUUUGGCGCAGCCAACAUUUCUGAAACUAUUUUGAACAAACUAUACCCCAAGAUCGACCAUGCUAUUGCGGGCAUGACUACUUUUGCAUCGACCUUCUUUGUCAACUCCUCUGUUGGAAUCUGGAAAGACGUCAAAUUCGCCCAGAUGUUCGGCCAUAAUAAUAAAAAUCCCCCUACAACCACAACAAAGUCCAUAGACCCUCCUCCACCAAAGACAGCCCGGUCAAUCGGCCGCACUCGCAUUCCGCUGGCCACAUACUCCGCAUUCCUUAUUAGAGAUGGACUGACAAUCUUCGGAUCCUUCACUCUUCCCACUAUGUUGUCAAGCGCCAUUCCUGACUCUAUUGCAUCGCAUGAAUAUUCCAAGAUUCUCAUCGCCCAACUCGCUAUCCCAGCUUCGAUCCAAUUGGUCAGCACACCUAUUCACUUAUUUGGUCUGGACCUUUAUAAUAGACCGGCAGUUAUGUCGACGAAAGAACGCUUCGCACGCGUAAGGCGUGACUGGCUUAGCGCGUCUCUUCUACGAAUGUGUCGAAUCAUUCCUGCUUUUGGAAUUGGUGGCUUUCUCAAUACUGAGGGACGCUUGUAUCUACACGAGCAGUUGGAUGGACACACCCCUUGA